CCCAUCCCUCUCGGUUCCUAGGGCAAAGAUGCCUGUGAGGCCCCUCGACAACGCUCUUCCCUCCGCUGAGCAGACCAAGAAGGUGGCCAAGGUCGUUGCCUCCGCUUCCCUCUCUGCCAAGAAGGCGGCAGCUGCCCUUGCCACAUCCUCCAGCAUGAACGAUGAGAAUAUGACAAAUCCGUCGCCCCCAGAGCAGUCUGUGGAGUACGUCCCUUCCGAGGACCUUGCGGCCCUAAUGGAUCCAGAAUCGAAGAUGGCGGUUCGCCCUGUGUUGCUGGAGGAGUUCAGCUCGAAAGACUGGAUCAGAGCGUGCGAAGCGUUGAAUGAUUUGUGCCGGAUGGCUCUCCAUCACUCUUCUCUUUUGCUCCCGAUCUUUUGGAAGUGUGGAAAAGGUGUUUGUUUGAAUGCCAAAAUGAAAAUAUGGUAGACGAUUGAAAAUCGCAUGUAUAUAUUAAUAUGUUAAUCUGUCUAAUAACUGAUCGCUAGUUCAUUGUAAGAUUGCUAUCUGUUCCUCAAGGGGAAAUUUAUACGGGUCAUGCAGUGAUUUUA